GGAGUUGGCUCAUUUAAGUGUCUGUUGUCGAUUCUUGACGGGUGGAGAGCUUGUUCUGUAGCUAGUUCGUCGCUGGCUUGUCAUAGCAAUCGGCGAGGCUGCGGGUGCCAUAGCAACCAUUUCGGAAACACUGGCCGCCAUGGUUAGCAUGUCAUGUAGCUGGCUAAUUAUAGCAUUUUCCAGUCUGUGAACUUGUCACGCGUGUCACCCAUUGUCAUUGCACCCUUAAGCUACGUAAUGUAUAAGCAGCAAUGUUCAGUCAGUGAGCGUAACAAAUGCCAACGUUGUCGUGGUCGUUUUAGCUGCCUUUGGCUUUGUUUGCGCACAGCAAGCUUAGCUUAGCUUUAGCCGCCAAGGCCGACUGACGAUUUAGCUAUGAAAAACUGAUAACGCCGUGAAAUACGGAGAUGCAUUUCGAUUCUUGAACGUUCAGAAUGUGAACUGAAGACCAAUUGAUAGUAAACGAUUAUUCAAAUAAUUUUAUCAGUGGUGUCAUGAGAAUUGCAAGUGAGUCGAUCAGCUGAUCUGUAGCACGCUCAUGUUAAAGUUAGCUCUUGUGUAGCCCAGUAUUGGGUCGAACUCUAGUAUGGACGUUGAUGACUGCAAUGGCCAGUCUUACACAUCAGUUAAUAGUGGAGACUCUUCAAUGGAAAGAGAUUUUUCUGGAGGUCUCGGUGGUCGGACAGUAAGCACUCCAAACAGCAAAGAAACGUCACCUCAUCGCUCACUCAGUGCAAAUUCCAUUAAAGUGGAGUUGUACAGUGAUGAAGACCCCGGUCCCAGUAAUGACGAUGAGCGAAUGGAACGUCCAGAGGAAGGAGGCGUGGAUCAGGGAACGGAGGCACCUGGUUACAGAGAGCUUGCCAAUCAUGACAACAUCAGAUUGCCCAGUGGGAAGCUGAAGUGUGACAUCUGUGGAAUGAUCUGCAUUGGACCUAAUGUUCUCAUGGUGCACAAGCGCAGCCACACAGGUGAGCGGCCAUUCCAGUGUAAUCAGUGUGGCGCGUCCUUCACUCAAAAAGGAAACCUGCUCCGUCACAUCAAACUGCACUCCGGAGAGAAGCCCUUUAAAUGUCCUUUGUGUAACUACGCCUGUAGAAGAAGAGACGCCCUCACCGGUCAUCUUCGCACUCAUGCCGUAUCCUCUCCAACUGUUGGGAAGCCAUAUAAGUGCAGUUACUGCGGUCGCAGUUACAAGCAACAAAGCACAUUGGAGGAGCAUCUGGAACGCUGCUACAACUACUUACAGAGCGUGGAGUCGAAGCAGCCUAAUAGCGCUCAGCAUCUGGGGGAGGAGAUUAGGGAGAUGGAGUACAUAGCCGACUCCCGGCUUCAUGCCGCCUCAGACAAGAUGACGUUUGUUGAUCGGCUUGCCAGCAGCGUCACCAAACGCAAAAGAUCCAUGCCGCAAAAAUUUGUAGGAAAAAAGCACAUACAUCGUGGACAUGCACCUUAUGAGCCUCAAGCUGCUUUGGACAAAGAUGGAGAGACACAUCCAGGAGACUUGGAAGUCCUACACACUCCUGGAGGAGAGUAUGCAGGUGUAGCUGCCAGUGGAGGCGGGAUGGCGGACACCCUGCAGCCUCUCCAUCUCCCCACGACUCACCCUUCGUGUUUAUCCGAACUCCGAUCGAUGCACGGCGCCGCUUACACGCCCGGCGCUCUCGGUCUGAGGCUGGACUGCGUGGGUUCCGGUGCGGGGCUGGGGAGCGCCAAUGCGGGGAGAAGAGAAGCGGCGGAGGGUCACGAAGACCUGCCCGUGGGUCGGAGUCAGGCAACGUCCCCCAGUAACGGUUGCCAGGACUCUACGGACACUGAGAGCAUGCCGGACGAGCCGUGCAACAGCACCGCUCCCGGUGCUGCCCUUCAUAGGAACAACGGGCAUCAUCUCCACAACGCGGCUCCUCCUCAGCACUACAAGAUUUGGGACAGACGCAGCCCGGGUCACGCCAAAGAUGGGGAGCUCAAAAGAGAGGACGGCGGUCACCACGCGGCCCCUCCAUCUGGCCUCGCCCCGAUGCCCAGUUCACCUACGACGCCCUCGUCCACCUCCAGGGAGACACUGCGAGUGGUGGACGGCGAAGGGCGGACGGUGCGCUGCUUCCGAUGCGACCACUGCCGCGUGCUCUUCCUGGACCACGUCAUGUUUACCAUCCACAUGGGCUGCCACGGAUUUCGCCAGCCUUUCGAGUGUAACAUCUGCGGCCAUCGGAGCCAAGACCGCUACGAGUUUUCUUCUCACAUCGUCCGUGGAGAGCACAUCCUGGACUGAGGAACGGAGUCCGUGAGCUCGGCCUGGCUCGGUUUGGUCUGCACGGUGCAAAGGAACCAUAUUAUUUAUCAUGACGCACUUUGAAAAUGUCUUUGAACAUGCACUUUCCCAUCUGCACAUGUGCCUUGCGCCCCAAUUCAGGAUUCCCACCUGAUGCACAUACUGUGGUUGACCAAUCCGACCUGAAAACUCUCAAGCACUUUAACAGAUUCUUCAUCCCAAAAAGUCAAAUGUGAAGACAUCCGCCUCCUUUGAAGACACAUCCCUUAAAAAAAAAAAAAACUCACAUUUUACAUUCACUGUCAACUUUUUCCAGCCUUUGUUAAGUGCAGACCAAAUUAGAGAGCCAGGUCUAAGUUCGUGAGAUCUUUUAAAAGUUGUCUGUGAAUCCUAAAUGCACUUUUGGUUUUGUAUCAAAUGUUGGAGUGAUGGAAGUGAGUGUACUUUUAUGUGAGAUGCCCUUAAUUUUCUGGAAGUAGGAUGUGCAAGUGUACAAUGAAAGCCUUUACUUGGAUGACUUGACUACUCGUGUUGUGUGUCUGUUGUUAAUUAUUUGUUCUAUAACUGCUUCUGUUGCACUGAUACUUGCCAGAAUAUUCUGAUUAUAUUAAACUGUUUUCUAGAAUUUGUCACAAACUGCACAUUUCUCUCAAUGGAGGAAAAAAAACAUCACUGCCGCUGAAGUGGGAGAGUUUGAUCAUAUGUCAAAUCUGCAAAUGAUAUGUCAAUUCGGUUGCAACUAUUACUUGGUUUGAAUUGUGCCUUCCCUUGUUGUAAUUGAAAUUCAGUGACUAGUGCUGAAGCUAUGAAUUAACAAUCAUAUCCUCAAACAUACAAAAUGGUGUUGGAAUGGGUUACCAAAGAUCUCAAGUUGUCUUUAACGCAGGUGGGAUUUCUAAACAUAGAUCUACACAAGAGCAAAACCUCCCAGUUAUAUCAGCAUCAAUGUCAAAUAUGGCACUACAAAGUGUUCAAAUAUUAAAUGUGGCCGAUGUGGUAAAGCCUUUAUCCUUCAUUAGGGUUAUAUAAAGAUGAUUUUGAAUUGUAUGAUAUAAAGUGAAAACAAUUUGACUGUUCUAACAAGUCUCAAGAUACACUUUACAAAACAUUAAGCACAAGCCUAGAAAUGAAAGAGAAGCAACAAAAACCACAUUGAAACCUCAAAUAUAAUCAAUUUUUGUAAGUUGACUUACAGGUCCAUUUUAUUUUCUUACACCUUUGGUCAAAUUAAGGAUUCACCUAUCAUUUAAUCAUUGAAGUUAGCUUGCCUUACAUUCAAGUGAUUGGACUGUUGUACUAAGAAAUGUUUAUUUUAAAAAAAGUUCCCUGCUUGAUAUAUGCUUUAAUGUAAUGAGUAACUUGCACUGGCUUGCUUCCUGUAUGUAGUCCUUUUUGAUAUUGUGCCUUCUUUCUUGUAGUGUUUUUGCAACUAUUCACCUUGUGCUGCAAAAGUCCAGCUUUGUGACAUGCUCACCACCACAAACUUUCCCCUUGGUAGAACCACUUGACACUUUUUACAAGAGGUCCAUAGGAUAAAUGCUGCUGCUAAAAGCCAAAGAAAUCUCCCUGCAGACAUGAAACCUUUGCUGGCUUUAAGUGUCAAAUUAUUAAAAAAAAAAAACACACCCAUAGAUUUGUGUAAGCUGCUGGCUAUAUCACCUAUCCUCAUUUGCCUUCAGUGUGAGUGGUGUAAUUGUGCAACAAGAAUUGUGCUUCAGACCGAUGCAUGUGCUACCAAUCCUCAGCUCACAAUUACUCACUUGUAUGAUUGCUAAUUAUAUGAUUUUAGAAACACUUGGAUGUGUUUGGAAGCAUCUAACCUCCUGUAAAUGAGCUGAUAUUGCUUUAAAUUAAUGCAAACUCUGAAAUGUAUCAGUUAUGCAUUUCACUUGUUUGAUCUUAACUACUGUAAAUUUUGUACUGUAAAUAUUUACUCCAAAUAAAGUCAACACCUAUUCUCUUGUGUUCUGAAAUUCUAAAUCAUAAAUUCAAUGAAAAACUAAA